UCGGGGUUACAGACACGAGUCUCGUUAAACACAAUAACCAACCAACCAAAAGUCACUGUGUCACAGGCUACACACGUCUGCACAACCGCCCAGCCAUUUACCCACCCAUCCCUUCCCCCCAUCCAUCGAGUCAGUCACCGGCAGCUGUGGGUGAGAGUGGUUGCUCCGACAGAUCAGUCACCUGCAGCCGCCUCUCAUUGAUGAUGAGAGACGACUACGGGUGAGCUGUCAGUGAGUGAACACCCCACAGCCACGACAGAGCCAGCGCAUUAGCUAUCCACACACCGCUAUCGAGAGACAGACAUACAUGGCUACCAUUCCACCCUUCAAUGGGACACCUCGCCGUCAGGGAGCACCUCAUCUGGUGCCAUGCACACACACCACACACACGCGCUUCUUCUGCCUCGUCAAUCCUCGUUAUCCCUUCCUCAAUCACUCACCGACGACGAUUCGGUAGUGCACGGUGAGCUGGCCGCCUGGGGGGAGCAGUGGGCGGCUCAUCGGCUGCCGCUGCUGUUGCUGUGGGAGGGAGGGCAGCGCGUCUGGCCCGAAGAGCAGGUGUCCGCCCCCCUGCGGGCCGCACGCCAUGUACUGCUUCCGCACACGCGAUAGGGUAAGCUGCACAUACAGACAGGGAGAGAAGGAAGCAAGCAAGGAAGAACACCCGUCAUCAGACUAUCAUCAGCCAUGCACCCAUCGAGCAUAGACACGCAUGGAUCUGAUAAACACUGAUCACACCAACCUUCAACACAUCCCCCUCGGCUGUUCUCGCCGCCUGCACACAAACACACACACACACACACACACAGAGAGAGAGAGAGAGGGGGGGGGGGAGGAAGAGAGUGCGCACGAGGUUCCCGUUUCGGUUUGCCGUUCUUCCUUCUGUCUCCUCUCCUCCCCCUCGCUCCUCCCUGGCUGACCGUGCUGGUCACUAUCAUGGUCUCGGGGUUGACGUCCACCUCAGCAAACGCCUGGAAACACUCGUGGAACGAAUCUAGGGAGCCAGACGCACCGAGGCCUGGCGCAGGGGUGUCUGCCGUAGUGACCACACACAACACAACACAACGAGGCGCGACAGACAGACAGACAGACAGACAGAAAUGGGACUCUGUGUGCUGGCCGUGUUGUGAAGGCUGGGGGGGGGUACCUGGCAGCCUGAUGGGGACUUUGAUGGAAAAACGGAGGACGCUGUGCAGAUCGGGGCGGUAACGGAGAGCUAACUGUGCAUCUGCUUUAUAUCACAACGGCCGCAAUGGUUGGUUGUCGGCACACGUGUGUGUGUGUGGCCUCUCGCUCACCGUGCCACACGGGUUUGUUGGUCAUCGUGCCCCUAUUGGUGUUCCGCAUCCCCACACCAAGCUGCUCCUGGCAGGGGGCGCUGAUCGUCAGCACUUACCACACACACACACACACACACAAAGAAAGAGGAGCUCACUGGCAUCUCAUCAGUGUCCCCCCCUCCCUCCCUGUCUGUCCUGGUGGUUUGCUUAUGCUUACGCCACUGGUUGAAUUUGAAGUCUUGCGCGGGUUCGAAUGCGAUGUGGGUGAAGACGAAGCAGGGGCCCUUGUACCCACACACGCGACGGCGGAUGGCCUCCAGGCUGGUCGUCUCGGGCGCAAACCCCCGCCUCUUCAUGUCCGCCAACCUGCAUAGAUCACAACACAGCACAGCACAGCAACCAUUCACCACACAAGCUGCGGCGCGUGCUGUGAUGCUCACUCACUGCAUGACAUGACCCACCCACCCUUUGUGAUCUAUCGGGAGGUCCAUCAUCUGUGUCUGCUCCUCCUGCUCUAGCUUCUGCUCGUCCCUGGGCGCCUUGGCCAUCCUCGUGAAGGUGAUGGCCUCGCUCCCAGUGGUUCCGCCCUCCGACGGGCACCCCCAGCCGAACUCGUACUCCCCGCCCUCACCAGUACCAUCGUCCCCGCCACCAAAUAUCCCCGAACUCAUCGGCUGCAAGGCCUGAUGCCUCGUUUUGCCGCCAUAAGAUUCGCUAACAUGGAACGGCCCUGCAUGUUCCAUUGUGGCCGGGGCUAUGUGGAUCUUUCUCACCCGGCCGUGUGUCCGCCGCCGCCGCGGCCCCCC